AUAGUGACCACUUUGUACCACUGACUUACAUUUUCAUAUUGACGGUAUGAUUUCGCGAUUUGCAAAGUCAUUUCUAGCUAUAAUCUUAGCUCUAUUUCUCGUUACAACCGUCGCCCUCCUCCACCCACCAUCCAGAGCAUAUAUAGACCCUUGGACAGGCGAUCUCUUUGGCGAAGGGGGCGUGGAGCAAUAUCUCUACCAUGGUGCUCCCCCGGCAUCUCAAACCACCGCGAAAAAUGCUGCCGUAGACGGUGGCGUCAUCAUGUCGAAACUCAGCAAUGCAACAGCAAAAGCAGAAUUGGGACGUGCGACAUGGAAAUUGCUGUGUGUCACCAAUUCCUUCUUUCCGAGUUUGUCGCCAUUUUGUUAAUACCUACUUUGUGAAGGUAGUCACACGAUGACGCUAAGGUAUCCCGAGAAACCGACACAGGAUGAAAAAGAAGCGUUUGCAUCUUACAUCUAUCUUACAUCGCGACUCUACCCCUGUGGAGACUGCGCCACUGAGUUCCAAGCUCUGCUCCAGACCUUCCCUCCACAGACCUCGGGUCGACGCGCUGCAAGCCAAUGGCUGUGUUCAGUUCACAAUGAGGUGAACAUCCGACUGGGGAAGGAAGUAUUUGACUGCGCCCACCUCGAUGAGAACUAUGACUGUGGAUGCGGUGAUGAACCAGGAUCAACAACAGCUACAGCAGAUCCGAUGGAUUUGGAAUGGGACCCUUCGAAAGAUGAAAAGACGGGAGUAGAACUGAUUAAAGGUGGGAGAUGAUGAUGCCUGUGGUAUUGUUUAUCUGUAUGUCUUUCUCUGUAUAGUUCACUUUUUUAGGUUAUAAUGGGUCAGUUUUAUUUGUACACUUUCAUAAAGUGUCUCUAACCACCGCUGGUGCCAAGAUGAUGGUUAGAACGAAUUUGUUGACAUUCGUGUAGGGUAUUUAUUGUUUAGUCUUCUCUAUACCAGACCACAGUGCUAAGUGAUCCGAUUAUUUUAUAUGUGGGUUAUGCU